AUGCGACGGCGCGCGCUGCGGUUCUUGGGGCCGGCGCUGAUCAUCCCAUUGGGCGAACCCCUCAUGAACGUUGUCGACACUGUUUGCCUCGGCCAAUGGGCGGGCACGGCCGAGCUGGCGGCGAUGGGGCCGGCGUGCAUCAUCUUCGCCUUUGCGCAGUACGUGUUCCAAGCGCUUCAAAUAUCGACAGUCACGCUGAUCAGCGAGGAUUUGCGGCUUGGAGAGCGAGAAAAGGCGCAGCGGACGCUUGCGUGCGCGCUAACCAUCGCCGUGGCGGCGGGCGCGGUCGUGGCCGUCCUGUUGGAGCUGUUUGCUGGGGCGUUGUUAGCGGCCACCGGGGCCAACCCCGCGCUGACCGGCCCGGCGGGUGACUACAUGCGGAUCCGCGCAGUGGCGCAGCCCGCGGUACUGGCCACCAUGGUGCUGCAGGCCGCCCUGCUGGCCCAGCAGGACAGCGUCACCCCGGCCGUCACCACGACCGUCGCUGUGACCGUGUCACUCCUGGGUAACCUCGUCGCCGUCGGCGCCCUGGGCUUGGGCAUCAUCGGCGCCGCGGCGACGACGGUCGCGACGCAGCUGGUGGGCGUCGCGGCGCUGGUGUGGUUCAGCGCGACAAAGGCGGGGCGGCUGCGGCCGGCGCUGAUGGUACCAACCCUUGAGGACCUGGUCAGCUUUGCGCGCACUAUGGGGCCGCUGGCUGUGGCCUACGUCUGCAAGAACUGCUGCUACCUCGUACUACAGACGGCCGCGGCCGGCCUCGACACAAUACGGCUCGCGGCCCACCAGGCGCGCUGGGCCGGGCGUGGGGCAUGCGGCCAUGGGGGCAUGGGGGCAACGCACGCCGUCUUUAGCUAUUGGAACCUGCUGGCAUUCACCACGGCCCCCCUGGAGCAGAUAUCCCUCGCCUUCGUCCCCGCAGCCGCGCCCGGCUGGCAGCGCCGCAGCACCGCGGCGAUGGUCCUGGGGCUUGGCGCCGCCGUCGGCCUCUCGGCCGGCGUCCUGGCCGCCGCGCUGCCGCUCGGGGCGCCGCAGCUGCUGACGCGGGACGCGCUCGUGUGGCCCCACAUGGCGUCGGUGGCGGGGCUCAUGAUCACCGCCAUGUUCCUCACGGCUGCCGACGUGGCGUCCACCGGCGUGCUGCUCGCCUGCAGGGACCUGCGAUACGUGGCUCAGGCGUUCCUGCUCACUCUGGCGGGCCUCGGCGCCUUCAUGGGCGCGCAGCCGCUGCCCCGGACGCUCGACAACAUCUGGCACGGCCUCGUGUUCUUCUUCGGCGCGCGGCUGGUGCAGAGCGCCGCGCGGCUCGGGUGGCUCUGGCGCGCCGGGCGGCUGGACGCGCGGGCAGAGGGGGAGAGCUCGCGGGAGGAGGAGGACGAGGAGGAGGAGGGUGUGCAUGCAGAGACGGGGGUCGCCGAGGCGAACGGCGCGGCUGUGGUGGGCCUCGGCGGCACGCACAAGCAGGAGCAGCAGCAGGAGCAGCAGCAGGAGCAGCAGCAGCCGCAGCAGCAGCAGCAGGAGCAGCAGCGGCAGGGGCGGCGGCGGGGGCCCACCAGCCCGGAUCCCUCAGGGGGUCAACUGGAGGUGGUGCCAUGA